AUGACUGCCUCAACGGCCCCUGAGCCCCCCAAAUGUUGCUUCUUCAACAUCAAGACAGCAACAGUCGCUCUAGGGAUCUUCCACAUGGUUAUGAGCGUUUUGCUGCUGAUUGAGUACUCCCUGGAGGUGGCGAGCGGGAACAGCUUUUGCAAAGACCUGGACAAGGGUUACUACAGGAUUGCUGAUGUCAUCACCAGUUUCCUGUUGAUCAUCAUGCUGUUUAUCGUCAGCUUCAACCUCCUCCUUGGUGUGGUGAAGAAGAGAGAACGUCUCCUGAUCCCAUUCCUUGCUCUACAAGUCAUGGACUUUCUCCUCAGCCUCCUGACCAUGUUCAGUUCCUACAUACAAGUCCCGGCGAUCAUUUCUGUGUCCUCCCUUAGCCACACACAGGGACACUCGAAGGUCCCUUUCCUGGCUCUGCAGCUGCUGGACUUUUGCCUGAGCAUUCUCACCCUCUGCAGCUCUUACAUGGAGGUCCCCACCUAUCUCAGCCUCAAGUCUUCAGAAAAUGGGGGCUUUUUGCCAGCCAUGGAGAAGUUACCGACAGAGGAAUAUGCCAAAAUGAUGGUCACCUUCACCAUUGCGUUCAUCGCUGUCCUCUUCCUGAAGGCCUAUAUGUUCAAAUGUGUCCUGAGCUGCUUUAAGUAUAUUAAAGCCAGCAAGAGAGAGGAGGUGAAAGUCGAUCCACAAGCAGUUGAAAAGGCUGAGCUGCCAUCAUAUGAGGAAGCCUUAGAGUUGCCUUCCAAGGAAUCCCCACCAUCCUACAUAGCAAUCUAAACUCCAUCCACGGCAAGAAGAC